GUCACAACAUCUCCUUGCUGCUCUCAAAAGGCUUCACAGACCAGUUAAUCGUCGACCACCACUCUCCCAACGCCGCCGGAGAGAGGCUGUCGUCAGCACGCAAAUCACUUAGCCCACCAUGCCGCCUUUCAGCCGCCCAGAGGCGGUCCUCAAACAGGCCGAACACCUCAUCACCGUUCACCAACAGCCGGCCGCUCUCCAGCUGCUCUCCGAGUUGUUCACGAUGAAGAAGUUCCGAUCAACCGCGCUUUCUGCUUUGGAGCCUAUCGUCCUUCGAUUCGUCCAGCUUUGCGUGGAUAUGCGAAAGGGACGCAUCGCCAAGGAGGGUUUGAUGCAGUACAAAAACAUCGCACAAAAUUCCAGUGUCACCAGUGUGGAAACGGUCGUGAAGAAGUUCUUGCAGAUCAGUGAGGAGAAGCUCGAAGAGGCGCGUAAAGAGGCAGAUCGUCUGUAUGAGGAGAAACUGGCUGCGAAGGAGGUCGAGAAGGAGCAGGAGGGCGGUGAGAAAGAAGAAGUUGAAGAUCUCGAGGCGAGUGAGACGCCGGAGCGCGUGCUCAUGCUUGCUAUCCUUGGUACCGGACAGGAGAGCAGGGAGAGGAUGGACCGCGCCCUCGUCACCCCUUGGCUCCGGUUCCUGUGGGAGGCCUACCGUACUGCUCUAGAGACGCUUAAGAACAAUGCUCGACUGGAAAUAAUUUACCAGCAAGUCGCCCAAAUGGCGUUCAACUUCUGCCUCCAGCACCAGCGCAAGACGGAGUUCCGCCGCUUGUGCGACCUGCUCAGGCUUCACCUUACUGCCGCGUCCAAAUACGCUCACCAACCCCACGCAAUCAACCUUUCCGAUCCGGAAACACUCCAACGCCAUCUAGACACGCGGUUUGUCCAAUUGGAUGCUGCCAUUGAGAUGGAGCUCUGGGGAGAGGCGUUCCGCAGCGUGGAGGAUGUACACCAUCUUUUGACCCUCACCAGCACAGUGGGUGUACCUGGUGGAGCGGGUGCAGCCAAGAAACCUGCAAACCUCAAGCAGCUCAGUCUCUAUUACGAGAAGCUCACUCGGGUCUUUUCCCCUUCCGCAGCUAGCACCAUCUCUAGUGCGGAUACCUCCCUCUUCCACGCUGCUGCGUACGCGCGUUAUUUCGCUACCCUCCGUUCACUACCCAGCAACGGCGGCAAAACCACUGAAGAAUUGGAGCACAUCGCCGGUGGAGUUGUCCUAUCCGCGCUGUGCGUCCGUGAAGAGUCACUCGAAUCGAAGAACUCUCAGGGCCUUACGGGUGGUGACGUGGAUAGCGAAGACGUGAAGCGCGGAGGUCGCGAUUUCCGGCUUGCGACUCUGCUUGGACUUAACACACUCCCAACCCGGCGGGGCAUGCUCAAAGAAGCUGAGCAAAAGGGUAUUCUUUCCCUCUGUCCUGAGCCUAUUCAUCAACUACAUACACUCCUCACCACGCCUCUCUCCCCGCAUACGCUGGCCAAAGACUCCCUUCCGGUCCUCUCCCAGCUCGCGGAACCCAAGUUCUCCACUUAUGCGGCAUAUAUGCCCCAUCUCCCACAGACUCUACUCACCCAUCUCUUGCUCUCGCUUAGCGAGACAUACUCUGAGAUCUACCUCCAGAGUUUAUGGAGCAUGACCGCGCCGUGGGAGGGCACGCAGUGGGGCGUCUCUCGCGAGGCAGCUGAAGGGUGGCUCAUGGCGCUCUGCCGCCGGGGUGUGCUCAAGGGACGUGUAGAUCACGGCCGUGGUGUUGUGCUCUUCUCGGAAGACGAAGGCGAGAAUGGCGAUGAGCUCCGGGAUGUUGCCUUGCGGCUUCAACGGGCGCUCGUCUUUGUCGAAGAGCCGCUCAAGGUGGAGGAUCACGCAUCGCCCGUCUACCAGGCUCUGCAGGCGGCGCUCGCUGCCCUGCCCACUACUCGCGCUGCGCUUAUUCACAAGCGUGCGCUUGCCCAGCGUAGGCAAGAGCUGAGCGCGGAGAUGGCGGCCAGAAAGACUAAGGAAGAGCAGCAAAGCAAGCUCGACCAUGCACGCGCGGAGAAAGAGGAAGCGGAGAAGAGGGAGCGCGAGGCGGCUAAGACGAAGGAACAGGAACGUGUUAGGCGCGAAAUCGAGAGCGUGAGGAAGGGAGAGCAACAGAAGAUCGUCCAGGAUCUGAUCGCCAAGGGCAACAUCAAGGUUAAUGUUGAUGACAUCGAGAAUCUCGACACUCAGAAGCUCGUCCAGCUCCAGGUAGAACAGAUCGAGAAGCAGAAGAAGGAAGUGAAUGAUCGGCUGCGGAUCAUUGCCAAGCGCCUGGACCACACCGAACGUGCUUUCCGCAAGGAGGAGCGGCCCCUGCUCGAGGAAGAUUACACCCGUCAACAGGAGGAGGACCGUAUCACUUUCUACCAGACCCAAGACGAGACGAAGAAGCGACUUCGUCAUCAGUUCGAGGAAGAGCUGUCAAGCAAGGCCCGAUUGGGCCGCAUGAUGCCUGACUACUUGGCUAUGCGGUCGGAAAUUGAGGGCGAGAAGCGGAAAGAGUUUGAGGCACGUAGGGAGGUGGCGGAGAGAAAGCGGCUGGAAGAGAGGAGGAAACGGAGGGAAGAAGUACUUCGUGCACGCGAGGAGGAGCGCAAGGCUGUCGAGGAAGAGGAACGGCGGAUCAGGGAGGAGGAGGAACGCCGAAUCCGCGAAGAAGAGGAGCGCGAACGCGAAGAGGAAGCUCGUUUGCGGGAAGAAGAAGAAAAGGCUGCCGCGGCUACGGUUGCCAAGUUAAAGCGGAGUGAGGAACGUGAGCGUGAGAUUGCUGCUGCUCGCAAACGUGUGGAAGAGGAAGAAGCUCGCGAGCGUGCGCGUGAAGAACGUCGUCGUGCCUCUCACGCUGCACCUCCUGCCGUGCCCGCAGCCGCCGAGCCUGUUGCUGCUUGGAGGCGAGGAGGCCCGCGUGGAACACCAUCUGGCACGGCGACUCCACCCCGCGAGGCACCGAUCCCUGCUGCUCCUCUCAUGAGUGCUGGAGACCGCGCUCCUGAUGGUCGUAGGCGGUUGAACCUGGCUCCACGGACCAUUCCCCGCCCAGAGACGCCUUCUGCUCCCUCUUCGCCCAUACCCGCCCCUGUUCCUCCUGCGCCGACACCUGAACGCAAGGGUGACACCAAUGUCGACGAUGAUGGAUUCACGACUGUAACUAGGGAGAAGGCUGCUGUAUGGUCGAGAGGCAUGGGUCGGAGGGGACGCGGUGGGCUUGGUCGAGGAGGCGCGUAAUGCUCCAUUCACGAAUUUUAUCAGUCCUGCAGUAUACAUAUGUGCAUUUUUACCAGCUC